AUGAUAUAUUAUAAUUUAUAAUUGAUUUUUACACUUAUAGAAUAACUCUAGAUGAUUUUAAAUCGCAAACAAAAAUAGUAUCAAACCUCUCAAAGAAGUGAAAAGGUUAGUUGCAACUUCUAUUUAUAUGGUUAUAAACCUAAUAAUUUAAACCAAAUUUACAUCAUCAUUAAUUCUCAGCUUUUUUUUUUAAUUAUAAUAAAAUUCCUUCUUUAAAAAACACAAAAAAAAUUGUAAUUUUUAGUUGUUUAAAUUUCCAUGCUUUUGCAGCUUCUAAUGUUUAUAUUUUGUUUCUCAUUAACCAAACUCAAAUUUUCAAAAAAGGUAUUUUAUUAAAUUUUUUUAUCUUCCCCUUUUUUCAUUCAUUCAAUAAUCAUGAUAAGAGUUUUCUUUUAUUGGUGA